AUGGAGGCAGACUUGCAGCGUACGCGACUGGUUAUCUUCGAUUUAGAUGGGACCCUGAGUGACACGUUGGAGAGCAUUGGGAAGGCUGUCAAUGAUACUAUGGUGCACUGUGGCAUGGAUCCGCACCCUCUUGAUUCUAUCCGAACGUUUAUUGGCAGCGGCAUGAUGGUUCUCUUUAAGCGUGCAGCCCCCGGUGUAUCUGAGCAGAUGCUACAAGAUAUGUGCACGUUUUAUCAAGAAAGAGUCACACUUUACGCCAAAGAAGACAGGCUCUACGAUGGUAUCGAAGAACUUUUAGAAGGUCUUCAUAAGAGAGGCACCAAGCUGGCAAUUGUCUCGAAUAAGCCGCAGGUAAGUAUGGAAUCGUGUUUACGGUCCCUUUUCAGAAACCGGCCUGAAAUGCGUGAAUGGUUUUGCGCUGUGUACGGGCUGUCAGAUCUUUCUUUAGCAAAGCCGAAUCCUACGUUCACCCGGCGUGUUCUUGAAGAUGAGGGUGUUCAUCCGGAAGAUGCUAUCUACGUUGGAGACAGUAUUGUCGACGUUCAAACCGCUCAGGCUGCGGGACUGCGGUGCAUCGGCUGCGCCUGGGGCCUGGGAGAACGAGCAGACGUGGAGAAGGCAGAUAUGGUGGCUGAGACUACGUUCGAUUUACUCCACAUGCUGUUAGGAGAUGCAAGGGCCUCGGGUCUGUAA